AUGGCUUCUUCAGAAAAGACUAUAGCUUUCAUAGGCCUCGGGGUUAUGGGAUACCCGAUGGCUUUGAACCUUCGCAAAAAAAUUGGGUCAGAGUAUAAAACACUCAUAUGUGAUGUUGUUCAAGAUGCCUUACAGACGUUUCAAGAAGAAGCCGCAGGAACAGGCCCGAUUGAGGUGGUGAAAACUGGAUAUGAAGCCGUCCAAGCAGCUGACCUCGUUAUUACGAUGUUACCGGGUUCGCCAGCCGUGCGAAGCGUGUAUUUGGACGAGAAGACGGGAAUUCUUGCUGGAGUCAAAGACCUCGCCUCAAAAAAUGCCACCGGAAACAAGAUCAUCAUGGAGUGCGGCACAAUUGAAACAGCUACUAUACUCGACAUUGCAAAAGCCAGCCGUGAAACUACAUCAACACUCCCAUCAGGAUGGAAACUGGCAUUCGUCGAUGCCCCCGUUUCUGGAGGUCCCAUGGGUGCCCAGGCUGGGACCUUGACGUUCAUGGUUGGUGCCGAUCCAGCUUCUAACCAUGAUGGGCAAGUCUUUGAAAAAGUGAAAUCCGCGUUAUCGCACAUGGGCAAACCCGAAAAUGUAUUUUUGUGUGGUGAUGUCGGUGCCGGAACAGCUUUCAAGAUCAUCAACAACUACCUCUCGGCAAUCACCAGUCUAGCGGCCUCCGAGGCACUAAAUAUUGGAACCAAGAUGGGUUUAGAUCCAAAGCUUCUCACAGAUGUCAUUAAUACAAGCGGUGGACAAUGUUGGGUGACAUCACAAAGCAAUCCUGUCCCUGGUGUGCAUCCCAACGCCCCAGCUAGUCGGGACUAUGAAGGGGGUUUCCGAAUUGAGCUAUGCAAAAAGGUUCUUGGUAUGGGCUCGCAGUUGGCAGAAAUGGUAGGCGCAAGAACUAUUUUGGAUAAACCUACUUUGGAGGCAUUUGAAGAGGCUGCCAGUGAUGAGCGAUACAAGGGGAAAGACGCAAGAAUUGUGUAUAAGUGGUUGAACGAUCAGUAG